UGAGUGGCCUUGUCCCUGCCCACUCUAUGACGUCAGAGAGCGUCUCCGGCGUUGGCUAGCGUCGCGUUCAGGGCGGCGGGAGCGACGGCUGGCGUCUUUGAUGCUCGCGGUGUGAACGUAGCAUUACACUAUAUCUGUGUGAUGUCACCAAUGAUUGGACCACUUAAAAGCUAAAUAUUAUGGAAAUUAUAUUUUUGCUAAAAUGUCGGCUUCUGAAUUGGGAAUUGCCCAUGUUUUAGCUAUUAAUUAGGGAUUCCUCGCUAAACCCGCUUUCUGUACCCCCUUGGUUUUGUAUAUUUUUGUACAUGUUAUAACAGACUUUUCAUCUAAGUUAACAAUCAGCCACUUAAGCAUGACUUUAGUGAUUUGCAUUUGAUCAGGGAAAAACAGCCAUGCGAUCCACCCUUUUCCGUAAUGCAGGUGUGUUGGGCGUGUUUCAGCUCCAGGUGUGAACUGAAAGUAAAAGUAUGGCCAGAAAACUGGCAUUUCAUGUAGGGAUGUAACUGCAUUAAUAAAAGCGUAUAUAGGCUGUUUAUUAAAAAAGAACAUAUAUAUAGUGAAAUUUGCCAUUGUAUUAUAGAAACAGUUCUUUGUACAACAAUAAAGGUGGUGAUGCAAAUCAAAACUUUCAGCCCUAUUUUGAUCAUGUUCAAGUUCGUCAUUAACUCUGUUGGUUUCCUGCUACACGGCUCUGCUGGUCCUCUGACAGCCCGGCUGAGAGGAGCUUUACUGCUGCCCUGCUUCGUGGACAGACCCCUGCCUUUGGAGGAGCUGGAGGUGGACUGGAGAAGGACUGAUUCAGACACCAUCGUGCACCUAUUCCAGGGGGGUCAGAGCAGACCUGAAUCACAGGGGGAUGCCUACAGGAGCAGAGCCCACUUCUUCUCUCAGGAAAUACCCAAAGGCAACUUCUCUCUGCUGCUUGAGGAUGUGAGGACUGCAGAUGCAGGAGUGUAUGAGUGUGUGGUUUACACAGAGCAGGAGCAACGUGAAACACGGGUGGAAAUACAGGAAGCAGGCAAGUGAGCCUUUCUGUUAUACGGCUUAAAACAUAUGGAAAAAGGGGCAUAGGUUUGUUAUUAACAUUGGGGGAGACGAGUAUAUCAGGGUCAGAGGUGUGACAUCACUGUAUGGCGCUGUGUAUGUUCGUUUUUUUAUUCCUAAAUUAUUGCUGCUACAAUCACAAUAUUUAUCCUUCCUGUGGUGUUGCACACCAACCCCUUUGUAAGUUUAAAAUGCAUAAAAGCACCACAUAGAUUUGUGUCCUGCAUCAAGGCUUUUUGACUUUGUCAGGAACCUCUAUUUAAACAAAGUAAAUUAAAACUAAAUCAAGGCGAGGCCUGCAGAUACAUGCAAGGCAAGAUUAGACCAAUUCAGUUUAUUUAUAUAAUUCUCUUGAGGUAUAUUUUACCAUUAUUUUUUUAUUGAAAACAAGUGGUAUGCUGUCAAAACAAAGGUCCUGAAAGCCGCACCAAAAAUAUUAAAACAAAUUAUUUCAUGGAUUAGGAAGCCUAACAAGGCAACCAAGAGGUAAGAAACAAAU